UUUUUGUAGCACUGAAAUGUACUGUUUUAUUGCUCUACUACCUAAUAUAGGACCACUGCUCGGCUAUUCGUCAUCUGAAUCAAUUGGUGUAAACCCUUAUCGCGACCUACCUGCAAAGAGAAUCAUAUGGACGGCAUGCGACGCCAUUCGAACAUGAGAGGAAACUUUCACGCUCGCCUCUGAUCAAACGGAAGCGGAACACGAUCUCGCCAUUACCAUCACCUUGAACUACACGUUCGCACAUCGACUGGCUAAUUGCUUCCAUUCAUAACUCGACGAAUGGCAUUUGCACGAUGCUUGGACUACCGUUCGGAGUAUUACUGACUGUACUUCCACCCUUUUUGGUGGCUCAGUUCAACCCAUAUUUUCCGAAAGACAGUAGCGGAGUGAUAGUGAAUCUACUCGAGUGGACAUUCGAAGACGUCGCGUCUGAAUGCGUCCUCUACUUGGCCCCGAAUGGGAUCAACGCAGUUCAAGUGUCCCCGAUCAACGAAGUCCGUAUCAUGCCAAAUCGGUCCUGGCGAGAACGUUACGAACCUGUUUCCUAUAGGAUAUCCAGCAGAUCGGGUAACGAGUCCCAGUUCCAAUCAAUGGUCCAGACAUGCAAUAAGGCUGGAGUUCGCGUGUUCGUUGAGGUCGUGCUGAACAAUAUGGCGGGUGGAAGUGGAUCGAUUAAGGGUACGGGAGGCGCGGUGGCGAAUCCGAGUAAGCGGGAAUAUCCGGACGUGCCGUUCAGCGAUGCGGAUUUCAAUGAAGCUUGUACAGUUCUGGAUGGAAGCGAUCCCCACGAGGUGCGCAAUUGUCAAGUGGAUGAUUUGCCCGAUCUGAAUCAAGGUUUGGCAAGAGUUAGGCAGAGAAUGAUCGAUUUCAUGAACAAGAUGAUCCGGAUGGGGGUGGCAGGAUUUUACGUCCAUUCUGCGAAGAAUAUUUGGCCCCAUGAUCUGGGUGCAAUUUAUAUGAAAUUGGAGAAUCUUAGUUCAUCGUCUAUUCCCGGAGUCCCUGCAGGUAGCCGCCCGUGCAUUUACCACGACAUUGCAGAUUUUGGAGAGGGAGGUUCCCGGAAAAACGAAUACACCUUGAUGGGUUUUGCAACGGAAUAUCGAUUCGCAUACGAAUUGGCGGAUGUGAUGUUCAAACGAAAGCCGUUCCACUACAUGGUCAACCUUGGAACACGGCUGGGUUACAUACCCAGGGAGCGAUCGGUAGUAUUCCUGGACACACCUUCCCUGCAAAGACUACCAGAUGUGGCUGAUGUACCGCUGAUCGUAACCUCCAAACAUCCACGAAUCUAUAAGAUAGCCACAGUUUUCAUGAUGGCCCACCGGUACGGAACUCCGCGGAUCAUGAGCUCUUUCCGGUUCUCGGAUAUCGACGAAGGACCCCCGAGCGAUGGACGAGGGAAGAUCUCCAAGAUUAUUCUGAACGAUCAGGAUCAGUGCACCGGUGGAUGGAUUUGCGAGCACCGGUGGAAGGUCGUUCAAAGGAUGUUGAAGUUUCGGAAGGAAGUGUCCGGUCAGCCGGUGAUCAAUUGGGUUGACAACGGUCAGAACCAGGUAGCGUUUUGCAGGGGAAAAGUUGGAUUCGUUGCGAUCAAUGCGGAGAUUUCGUUGGCUUUGAAGGCUAAUCUUUUUACUUGCUUGAAGGCUGGCACUUAUUGUGACAUUAUAAGUGGAGCGUUGAAGGGCAAAGCUUGUACGGGAUUGACAGUAAAGGUAGGUGGGGAUGGCAGGGCCGACAUUUAUAUAUCAAGUGCAGUCGAAGAACCAUUCAUAGUUCUGUUGGCAAGUGAAAAAAUAUAAAAGUAAUUUGUAAUAUACAGAAA